UGAAUCCCAAGUACCACAGAUUAGGGUUUCCUGUACCCGCUAUGAACCGUCCGUCUUUCAGGCCGCGGCCUGUGGACAUCAAUAAGAAGCUCGCGAUCGUCCGAUCGACGGACGAGCUUAACGCGGAGGACGAGGGCGUAUCGAGGACCGUCCAUCAUGGUCACAUCGCUCUCGAUGCCGAAAACGAGCAGAUCCUGCCGGCACCGUCUAAGAAGGGACCAUCGGUGGAGAUCCCGACGCCUCACUGCGGCGUGGUCGAAGCGUACGACAAGCUCUAUCCGGCGAACUUUCGCCAACCGUCGUCGUACAUUCGCAGCAAGCAUGUGCGGCAGGACGACGGCGUGUACGUGGAGUAUGACCUGGACGACGAGGAUGAGGACUGGCUGGAAGUGCUCAACCAGAACAGGCUGCUGCUCGCUGCAGACAGGUUGGAGUGGAUGAUAUACCAGAUGGAGCUACUUGACGCCAGGGCGAGGGCGAAGGCCGGGACUGCCAUGCUGGCAGCGGCGGAUCAGACGGGCGCUUCUGGUGUAGGCUCAACUGGUGGAGUGAGAGUGCCGGUUCUGCUGCAGCAGCAGCAAGCCGUUGAUGCUUUGAGAGCGCAGGUGCCGAGGCAUGCGAUCAUCACUGCAGUGUACGACUACUGGAAGUCCAAGAGGGAGCGGUGGGGCAAGCCCAUUCUGCGGCGCCUGCAGCCGUCGCCAGCCAUCACGGAUACCAACCCCUUCAACGUUUUCCGACCCAGGGAACGAGCCCACCGCCCCAACACACGAAGGAUGCAGCGAAGGGAGAAUGACAUGGCAUCGUAUGAGAAGCUCGUUCGGGUUCAGAAGAACAUUGAAGACGCUCUGCAACUCGCACAGGCGGUAGAGAGAAGGGAGGAGCGGAAACGCGAGCUUAUUCAAUGCGAAGUGGCUCUGCAGCAGGCGGCUCUCACAAAACGGGACAUCACAAUUGAAGAAGCAGAAACCCUCGGGAUCAUCCCAGACCUCUCCUCGCGCCUCAGGCCCUUCUCCCGAGCCACAUCCGACGAUCAACAACUUCACAUCCACCUACCACCUGCUGCUGCUGCUGCUGCUGGCACCACCACCAGCACCGGCCAAGGCUUCCUCAACCUAGGCGGCCUCCCUCCGCCCAACCACUUCGACAACAUCCUCUCCGUCACCCGGCGAAGAGGCUCCUGGGGGGCAGCAGCAGCAGCAACACCAGCAGGAGCAGCAGCAGCGGGAAUGGUACCUGGAGGAGCAGCAGCAGCAGCAGGCUGGGCAGGGUGGUUCCCAGACGCGGCGACUGUAACAUCUGGUCCGGUUACAGACGCAGUGUCACCUUUGGAUCACCUGCUCCCUCUGCUGAAGAAGAAACGGCGGCGGCAGGUGGUGAUCCCCAGAGGGGGCCGGCUGAGCCGAGUUCUCAGAAGCGCCCCUCCCCCGGACAUUCCGAUGCCAUUCACCCGCUCAAUCCCCCUGGAGCAACUCGCUGCCUUCCAGAUUCAACCGCCUUUCCUCUCCCACCAGCCUCUCCCUGAGUCACUCUGCUCUCCUCCGCUGUUCUCCUCAUCCGUGUCUGUGCCUUCGGGAGGGAGAGAGGGGUUGAGGGAGGGAGAGUGUGUGGAGUUGAGAGUGCGGGGCAGGAUGGGCCGGGGUGGGAGGCUGAUAUUUGAUCGGUGGGAUGUGAUGGAAGGGCUGCCGCUAGUGGCGCCUGUGCGUGCUGUGGUUUCUGCAGAAGUUGAUAAGGAGAAGGAUUCGGUUCAGAGUGGUGCUGUGGAGAAGGAUUCGUUUAUGAGCGGUGCUGUGGAGAAGGAUAUGACUGCACGUGGCGCUGCUACGGAUGUCGCCGAUUUGGCAGCAGCGGCUUUUAGAAGCGCAGAUGUUUCCGCACCAGCAGGAGCACCAGGAGCAGCAGCAGCAGCAGCAGCAGCAGCAGGAGCAGCAGGAGCAGCAGGAGCAGCAGGGGCAGCAGGGGCAGCAGGGGCAGCAGGGGCAGCAGCAGCAGCAGGAGCAGCAAGAGCAGCAGGAGCAGCAGGAGCAGCAAGAGCAGCAGGAGCAGCAGGAGCAGCAGGAGCACUCAACCCGGGUUCUGCUCCUUCUAUCCCGGCCCCUCCUGUCCCUGCUCUGCCUGCCUCGGCACCUAUCAACAACCCCGUCCUCUCAGCUGCCCCUGCCUCCAUACGUCAACCUGUCUCUACCAUACCCACCACUACCGUUCCUGCAUCUGCUCCAUGUGCUGCUGCUGCUGCUGCUGCUGCUGCAACCCCCCCAGGUGCAGCGGUAACCAGCCGACCCGGCACCUCAGCAUGUGGUGCUGGCCAGCCUGUCCCCCACACGCGUGUCCCUGCCCCUUCCCACUCCUCCCUCCAUACCCCUGCUCGCCACCCCUCUGCUGCCUUUCCUGCCCCUGCUGCUGCCGGUGGUGUUGCUGUGUCUGAAGGUUCGAAGCCCACAGCACAUGUCAGUGCUCUGGGUAUAGAUACUAAGCCUGGGCCUGAGCCUGGCCGUGGGCCUGGGCCUGGGCAUGGGGCUGGGGCUGGGCCCUAUGCUAAUGUAGAUGGGGCGGCUUCAAGACUUGCUGGCACUGGUAAAGCCUUUGGGCUGGACUUAAAGCCUACAGCCGAUGCUGGAAGCAUGGGCAGUGGAGGUGCAAGGGGUGCAUCAGGCAUGGCUAUUGGGUCAAGGCCUGCUGGCAAUGGCAACGACAACCCUCUAGGGGUAGCCUCACAACCUGCAGGCAAUGCUCUUAUUGUGGGUGUGGGGAGUGGGGCGAGGGGUGCAGCUGUCAAUUCCAAGGCUCCUCCUGUGGGUACAGGCGUGGCUCCGUCUUAUAUGCCGCCGAAACAGCGAACCCAUGCCGAGCUGAUGGAUAUACGAAAGUGACUUGUGUUGCACUGUAGACGUGGGACAAUUUGGGGCAUGCCUGAUUUUUUUGUACAAUAUAUUGCUGAGGAAUGGCCAGGGUGCCACUUCAACAUUUUCCCAUCAUGAUGUAUGGUAAGGGGGGAAUCUGCUUAUCGUAC